AUGGGAGAGGUCUGGGCCACAGGGGUUGGGAUCGAGGAAACCGGAACCGGAGAAGGGGUGGAGUGCCGGGACACGGAGCCCCGAGAUCGGCCCCACUCCCAGUCCCUCCCAGUUCCUCCCAGUAAUCCCAGUUUGCAGGAACUGGACCUCUCCGACAAUCACGUGACCGAGGUGGGCGUGGCCCCGCCCCUCCCCCGCCUGUGGCUGCUGCGGCUGGACCGGAACCCCAUUGGCCACGCCCCCGCUCUCGCCCCAUUGGCCGCCUGGCCCCGCCUCACCCACCUGGGAUUGGCUGAGACCCCGCUGGGCUCCGCCCCCUCUGGCCCCGCCCUCCUGGCCGAGCUCCUCCCCGGCGUUGACGUCACCUUCACCUGAUUGGCUGCCGGCGCCACGGCUUGGCCACUCCCCCUCGCUGUGGCCACGCCCACUGGUGUCAGCACCAGCGCUUCCGGGUUCGGCCCCGCCCCUUCCGGCCUUCAAUAAAGUGAGAUCCCAGUUGGUCCCA